AUGGGAAAUAAGAAUAUAUGUUGUAAUUAGGAAGAAUAAUAGCGAUAAUCACAAACCCUUGGUUCAGAAUGUAUAAUGACAAUUCCAGAUAUUAGUGAAGUAAUUCCUCUCUUUUAGUUGGCAUGCUCGAGUUAAUGAGAUCCUCAAUAGAGAUUACAAUAACAUGCCUUUAUUAAAUGAAUACAGAGUAUCGCCUACUCUUUAAACUAUUCAGCAACAUUUGCAUAUCAAAAAUCAAAUGUUGAGUGAUAUAUUUUAUAGCUUCGUCCAAAAUUCCAAGGAAAUGUUAUUUCAUUCUCAAAUGAAGAUUUCAUUUUUUUCGACUUCUAUCAUUGUAUCAGAUAAUAGUUUACACUCCUAAUUAGCUUAGAGUUUCAUAAAAGCAACUGAUUUGUAAAUUGUAAAAUCUCUAUCAUCUAGUCAUCUUGAUUUAAAAUUGGAAAUUAACCAAUUCAUACAUUUCUUUGCUGAUCUCAUUCUAAGAUUCUACAAAUCAACCUUUACAAUUGAUGAAAUUAAGAUGCUCAUCAUAGAUGAAUUGUUUGGAAACGAGUAGUUUUAUGAUUUUGUCAAAUAGCAAUAUGACAAAGGAUUACAUAGCAAGAUAAUUGCCUAUCGAACAUAUAUUCAGAAGAAGAAAAGAUCUCAAAACAAACAAGAAAAGGCAGUCGCAAUUCUAUCGAGCAUUGUUACUAAAAGAUCACCAAAGGAAAAACUCUAAGUUUUAGAUAUGGCAGCUCAACAGUUGACUAAAGAGAUCAAGAAUGUUGAUGCCGAUAAAUUCAAUGAACUAGUUUUUGAUUUGAUUGUCUAAGCUAAUAUACCUUCAUUCGUAACUGAGAUUAAAAUGAUUCAUCAUUUUGCUGGGGAGAUGUAUAACUGAUUAAUAGGUUUACUAGUAAUUCCUUAGGGAGAUAUGGCUAUGUCCUUACUAGUUUUAUGGGAGUUUUAAUGCUAAUUCUAUAAAAUUAGUGA